UAUUUGAAAAAUUUUAUAACAGAAACAAAACUUUUUUUUUUUUCAAAAUGUUUGGUCUUUUUUCAUUUAUUUAACAAAAAAAUAAAAACCCCAAAGGUGGUUAAAUACCACCAAAAGAAAGCUCUAGUUGUAUGAAGAAAAUGAUAAAAUUUUAGUUUGGGUACAGUGUUGUAUGACCGCGCAAUUGUCAUUCAAAGUGUGAGAGCGCUGAAACCUGAAAAAUGGCCUGGACAGGAAGGGGGUAAAAGUGCCGGUAUGGAAGAGGUUAA